AUGGUAGAGACGAAAAAAGAGUUAGAAUGGGGUAAAUUGAAGCUUGUAUCUGUCGCGUUUAAGGAAGCAUCGCUUGAUACCCCAUCCUUCAGAGCAUCUGUGAACUUCUUCCAUAACAAAGUGCAGUCGUUUGAGGAUUGGAUUGAAAGGAGUGUUGCGUUUUUUGAAAAUCGGUAUACCGCUAGUUUUGGGGACUUCCAGAGGGCUCAACAAACCUUUUUAACCCAAUUGCUGCCACCUCCGGUGGUUCUAAGUAAUGGCUUCGUCGCCAAUCAGUCCUACACACCACUGUUUGUUGAAUUCUUUAACAAUGAAUAUUCUGAUUUCUCAACAAAAGUCCUAAAAAUGCUCUCUUGUGCUGAUAGCGGGUAUCCCAAGGCUCUUCUAGAACUUAUGAAUAAUGCCAUCGAACCUUACAAGGCAAGGAGGCUGGACUUUGAAGAGAUCCAGGCUAAGUAUGACACUAUGCUAGCAAGAUACAAUGCUAUGAAAGUAUCGAACACGAGCAUUGAGCCAGCGGCAAUACGAGACGAGGCGUUCCAAAUUUACGAAGUGAGGAAAUCUUACCUGAAAAUGUCUUUAGAGCUGGUUGGGGCUAUAUCAACACUGAAGCUAAGUUUAGAUAAGUUUCUGUUGCAAGCUACAGGUCUCGUUGAGAACAACGAUAUUUUUAUGCUUAAAGACAUUGGCAAGAAAGUCGAUCUUACAGCAACGAUCACAGAAAACCUCAGGUCAUAUUCUGCAUGGGUUCUGAAUGCCAUUGAGGCUGCCGAACUUAUGCAGAAGGACAUAAUCCAGGCCAAACAGCAGGUGACAGAUUACACUUUGGCCCAGAUUACUCCUUCCCGUGAGAUUUCUGAUUAUAACGUCAAGGAAAUCAACUUUCCCAGUUUAAUGGCUAAAAAGGCUGAACAACCGUUAGCUGCCCGCGAAAAAUCAGGAUGGCUGUAUAUGAAGACGACAGUGGGGACACCCAGCAGGCAGGUUUGGGUCCGCAGGUGGUGUUUCUUGAGAAAUUCGGUGUUUGGGCUGUUUCUGAUGUCGCCUUCCAAGACCUAUGUGGAGGAGAGUGAUAAGUUCGGUGUUCUUCUGGCUGCAAUAAGGUACGACUUGGAUGAAGAUCGAAGGUUUUGCUUCGAAAUUAAAAUUAAUGAAGGCAAGACUUCUGAAUCAGUCGGAAGUAACCAGAUUAGGAUUGUUUUACAAGCAGAGAGUCUCAAAGAUCUGAAAGAAUGGUUGACUGCUUUUGAAGCUGCUCAGCGAUAUGCUGUGCGUUCAGACGUUAACAGCCCCGAGCAUAAUAAUGCAUUCAGGCGCUUUUCACCAGAAUACUUUGAAUUUGCCUCGAGUACAACAACAAGUGUUGACCAGCUCAUCACGACAUAUGAUCAGAAUAGCUUAAACCUGUUUGAGAUUUUGGACCGAAAUUUGACAGAUUUCGACCUAGCGUCUGUGCCUGGGCGCAAAUUUUAUCAUUUUCAGAUGGCUUCGACUCCCAUUUCGACUAAGAUGACUCAAGUGGCAAUCUUGGGAAAUCUGUACAAACAAGGUCCCUGGCUGCCGAGUGCAAUAUUAGCAAAUGUCUGGGGUUCUGCUAAUUGGAAUGAUUACGCAACUUUUUACGAAAGUCAACAGCGAACUCCGCUAAUUAAUGGUGUAACACCUGAUGGAUCUGUUGCUUAUCCAGACUUUUUUCCGGAGAAAAGAAGGAUUGAAGACAUCCAGUUCAAAAGUCUCUUCUUCAGCAUCAACGAAAAACUUAUGAAGUUUCCAUCUGACCUACUUCUGUUCAACUUCACGGCUUUUUGGUGUCCAAAUAAGAGACAGAAAUUUUCUGCCAUUUGCUAUGUCACAAUAGAUCGUAUUUUUUGUUAUAUGGAUUCCAUGGGUUUCAUCUGUCUGACUCAUAAAAGGUUGAAUGAUUUGGCCUCUGUAGAGGUGGACAACACGUCCGACUUUUCGCUGAAGCUCUACGAAGUCGAUGGUACUCAGCUGAAACUCCACGUUUUCUUCACGGAUCGCAGAGUGAUUGCCACUAAGCUGCAGUGUUUAUUGGAGAAUACUGCGCUGAGCGCUCCUAGAAGUGAAGAAGACAUGCUACGACAACUGGACCAAAUCGACAGUGAUUUUCAAGAGAAAAGAAGAGCUGAAAAACUGGAUGAAGCAAAAGGACCCCUCAUUCAAUCCAGUACUCGAAUCGAUAGCAGCAAUUCCAAUGAGCUCUCUAAAUCCUUCUGGUCUAUAAAUGCCACAUCUGCGCAGACAAUGCAACGACGCAAAGAAUUUCAGUACCAAUUCACACUGAUGUAUCACCACGUUUACGAUAUUCCCUGUAAAGGUCUAAUGCACGUUAUGUUUGGAGAUAACUCAAGCGCUUUCCCGCGUAGUUUGUUCCUAUCGAACAAAGAUAGUAACUCCAAUAUUAGCUGGAAUUGGAUCAAGGAAAGUACAGCAGAUGGCAACAUUCAGCUGGUCCGAGCCCUUCAGUUUCGUUUGAAUAUGACUAACAAUUUUUUGAAUAACCUUCAUACAGGGAAAUCGCCGCUGUUUACAAUCAAUCAGAGAUUAAUCAAAGCCAUCGAAAAUAAGUAUUAUGAAGUUGACCAAGAUCCGGUCAUUGUCAAAGUUCCUUUGUGCCAUCUUCUGCGCAUAAAGACGAAGUACGUCAUUGUGGAAGCACACGAAUCAUCAGCUAAUAGUGGUCUUCCGUCUGCUUCAGGCUCCCUGCUGUAUUUAUACUACAAAGUUGAGUUCAUCGACGCCAAAACAAAGAAAGUUGUGGAAAGUCAAUCCAUGAUAGAAAAAAUGAUUUUAAAGUUGGCCAUUCGUUCAACGAACAAAGAAUAUCUCCUACUCAGAAAAAUAAUUCGAUAUUACUUGGAAAAGAUUGGUAAACAUGGAAAAGUUAUCAAGGCAAUCAAGCUCUGCGGUAUGAUCGGAGUUGCGAAUAUUGGAGAAGCCCAAGACACGAAGACCUCAAACUCACCGGAUAAAGGAGAAAACAUCGUUCAUUACACCGUUUCUAUCCUUUUCAAACUUUUGUUGAAGCUGCUGGUUUACCGAGUUACGAGUUUUGCGCUUUUAUUCAUCAGGCUCGUCUUUAGCUUGAUUCUCACUACGAUUUCCAACAUUACGCAUAUCAACAAGAACCUACUAUUUGGCCUGUUAGCAUCCGUCAUCAUCAAUGUUUUCUUAUCCGGUAAAUCAACCAUCGCAUAUUGGGCAGCAAGGAGAACCGAGAAUGUGUUCCACGACUACAUGCAGGGAAAGCAUGAUUUUUCGGUACAACGAGCAAUUAGCAUUAAAGAUAUCGACCUUUUAUCGCGGACUUUGGCUUAUGAAACCGACAACAUACCAUUCCAAAAAUUCAAUGAAUCUCAUGCCGCAGAGAACCAAAGAUUUGGCACUUCAAGGCUAGAGAUCGCCGAAAGGAGAAAUGACCUACUGGUAGAGCUCAAGAUCCUACAAAACAUGGAAAGAGAACUAGUAAAAGGUAAUUACAGAACUUUUCUACUUAACGAACUAGACAAAUGUCAUGCCAUUGAAAAAGAGCUCUCCCAACUGUGGAAAAAUGACACCAAGUUACAAGACUACUGCUGUAGCUGCAGCGACGAACUACAUAGGCUGAGUGAUCUACUACUAUGA